AUGAAGUUGUCAAUUGUUUUUAUACUGUGUGCCUUAUUUAUUAGUAUUUCACUUGCGCAAUCUGGAACUGGUGGAACGACUUCAAGAGCAACAACAACAUCAAGAUCUACUAAUACUCAAUCCACAACAAGCGAAUCUUCACAACCUAUUCCAACAACUCCCGCCGAUAGUACUACCGAAGAUAAUACUCCAACUCAAACAUCUAAUAACGAUGAUCAAACUACAACAGCAUCAUCACCUUCACAAUCUAUUUCAACUAGAACAAUUAGAUCAACACCCAUUAUUACUGUAACAAGUACAUCUAUAAUUCCACCACUACCAACAACCUCCUCCCUCACAUCCAAAACUAAAUCAACUUCUACUCAAACAAAUAAACCUGAUGAAGGUCCAGGAAAAACCACCAAGACAAUAGUAAUUGCUGCAGCAGUGGUGGGUAGUUUAGUUCUUAUAGGAGGUAUAGUUGUUGCUUUACUUCGUUACCAAAGAUCUCGAAAAUUAGAUUGGGAGGAUGAUAGUGAAAUCGUAUUAAGAGAUGGUCGAAAUGAUGGAGAUCUUUUUAAGAAUACGUUGGAUCAAUAUCAUAGGGAUCAUUAUUAA